UGGCCCACAGCCCCUUCUGCGCCGACUCCGCAGGCGGCAAGCGCGCUCAAUCCCACAGCACCCAGGACCGGGCGCUUCCAGGAUGCCGGCGCAAUGGCGCGGUGCCUUUUGGGAGUUGUAGUUCGCAGGAGCGGCGCGCGGACUUUAGCUUUGCUGGCGCGCACGCGCAGUCAGCGCUGGCCUGGCGCUCGGGCCUACCCGGGGAGGUCGUCACGGUGCUUUGUGCGACUGGCUAGUCCGCGCCACCGUGGGACUAGGGGUUUCUGGGGUCCGCCUCAGCCCGAUGCAGUCUGGACCCACUGAUGCAUGGCAGCCAGAGCAGGGGCCACAACGUGAGUGACAUGGACAGGACCUGAUGCUCCACAAGAUCCAGGGAGGAAGACGUGAAAACAAGGCGGUGGCUCAAGGAACAGCGAUGGAAGGACGCCUGACCGUGGCCACCCCCCGGGGCCCCGAGGUGGGGGAGACCUGGGAACAAGAGGGUCGGUUCAAGGGCCGGCAGGAGAACCAGGAAAGCUGUCUGAAGCAAGAGGCCACGGCCCCCGGGGAAGAGCCCACCGGGGACGGUGUGCAGGAGGGGGGCGACCUCGGUGGGGUGCCGGGAACCGGAUCGAGCCCUCCCCUGCCCCAAGCCGGCAGCAGGCCCCAGAGGCGCAGUGCCCCCAGGAAGAACCCCAAGCAGAAGAGGGCGAACCCCGGCGGGGAGGAGGAAGGAGGGGGCGGUCCCCGGAAGCCGUGGAAGUGCGGGGACUGCGGCAAGGCCUUCAGCUACUGCUCGGCCUUCACCCUGCACCAGAGAAUCCACACCGGCGAGAGGCCGUUCGCGUGUGCCGACUGCGGCAAGGCCUUCAGCCAGAGCGUCCACCUGACGCUGCACCGGCGCACGCACACGGGCGAGCGGCCCGGCGACAACAACGACCCUGCAGAAGGUGCCGCAGGCCCGCAGAAGGACGAGCUGAUGCUUAAUGGGGACCUCCUCUGA